AUGUUCUGUGCUGGCUGUUAUUACGAUUUGGAGGCUGUGUGCCAGGGCUCGGUCCAUUCCAGCGACAGCCUGUCGGACUCCAGCCCGCCGGCGCCCGUGGUGGAGCAUGUUUACGCCGGCCAGGUUCAGUAUGUGGACGGAGCCGGGGAGCCGGCCUUCACCACCUCCAACAUCCGCUCGAGCAGCUACCCGUUCUCCGACUCGCCCCUGUUCUCCCAGACCCCCCCCUCCGCCUCCUCCAGCUUCUACGAGGCUGCGCCCAGCUCCGAGUCGGACAUCGGCGGGUCCGUGACCUCGCAGACGGUUUCCGUGGCGACGGCGGCGGCCAACAGUGGCGCCGCCAACUCCGCGGGCGGAGGGGGAUACAUCAUCCAGGGGGGCUACGUGCUGGGAGGGGGCGGAGCUACAGCAGGUGGAGGAGGGGGAGGAGGAGGAGGGCAGAGCUACUCCAGCCCCAACUCUAGAGCCCCGCCCGCCACUGGGGCGGAGGGCGUGAGCCUGCCCCGCUGCACCCUCUACUACCACUACCUGCUGCACUGCCAGGAGCAGAAGCUGGAGCCCGUCAACGCCGCCUCUUUCGGGAAGCUGAUCCGCUCAAAGCGUCUGCCCAAAUCCUGCCUGGUGCUGCUGUGCCAGUUUGAGCCGCUGCUGCAGUGGACGCGCGCCUGCGAUAACCUGCUGUACCAGACGCUGGUGGAGAUCCUGAUCCCCGACGUGCUGCGGCCCAUCCCCAGUGAGUCCCGGGAGCCUAAAGACACACAGGCGCCGCGCCGGGGGGAGGGGGGCGCUAUCAGGGCGGCGGGGGCCGAUUGUGCCUUAACUCAGGCCAUUCGUAACUUUGCCAAAAGUCUGGAGAACUGGUUGACGGGCGCCAUGAUGAACAUCCCAGAGGAGAUGGUCCGCAUAAAGGUGAGGGCUCGUCUCUGA